UUUAAAACGUAAACUUUUAGCAACUUACGGUCCACAUAUUUCUGAAGAGCUGUAAAUGGACCCGACAUAUAAAGGUUUUGGCUUUUUGUGAGGAAGUGAAGCCAAAGAGAGAAUCAAGAGGAGAGAGCCUACGGUUCACUUACAAGAAGAUUUCUCAGCUAAAGCUAUGGACUUGGCUCUUCAUUUUCCUUCGUUAAUGAAACAAGGAUUCACGAGAGCAAGUCUUCUUCCUGUUCGAGAUUCUCUUUCGCCCAGCUUUGGGCAGAGUUUUUCAAGAACAGCGUUUGAUGGUGAUAGAAGAACAAGGCCUGGAGAAACUUUAAGCAGGAGAUCCAAGAAAGGAUAUGUUGUUUGUUGCAAGAAUCCGUCAGAUGAACAGAGCUCAGACCAGAGUAAAGCCAAACAAGAGGAGAUCAUUUCUCUCUUUAGACGGAUUCAAGCUUCCAUCUCCAAAGGUGAGGAGUCUCAGGGAGCUGAUGAGAAGAACGGACACGCGACUUCUGGGAAUGAGUCGCUGAGUAAAGCUAUUCUUGACGUUCUUGAGAAACCAAGAGAGAAAACUGAAGGAGAUGCUGGUGUAAGAAAAGAGCCACCUAAGAGACAAGUAGCUUGGCCACCGACUAGUUUUGCCAAGAGAUCUCCUACUAGACCAUCUGCUUCUGGUCCAAGAGGUAAGCUUCCAAUAACAAAGAGCACUAUGGAAGAGACAGAGAAGGAAGAUAAACCUCCAUUGAUUGAAACUAUGAAACUUGCAGAGCUCAAAGAAGUUGCAAAGAACAAAGGACUCAAAGGAUACUCAAAGCUAAAGAAGAGUGAGAUUCUGGAGCUACUCAGAUCCUCCUGAUUUUAAAUUUUCAGUCCACAUUCUCUCUGAUAUGUAAAUUAGAAACAACAGAUACGGCUUGGAGUUUGUUUAAAGUAGAUAGAGUUUAAAAUUGAUAACGAUAACCUCCAAAAAAUUGUUCAUAUCUCGAGGGUACUUAAGGAUUCUACCACCACAACAACAAAGCCUUAUCAUCCAGAAUUAUAAAAAGAGCCAACACCACAAAACAAAAAGA